CCUAACAAAAAUCUCAGCAGGCAUGCCAGGCAAUCAGUAGGCAACCGCGAGUUAGUUGUCGUGAUUAUAUUUGAUUGAAGAAAAAUAAAGGAAAAACGUAUUUUCAUACAAAAGCAAUGAGCGUGACUAUUUGUCUUUCCUCAUCAGAGGACGAAGUAAUUGUUGAACCUACAAUAACAGUCAAAGAGAAAAGUGUUCAAUCAAAGGACAACACCGAAUGUGCAGGUACUGAAAAAAAAUUGAAAGAAGCAACAGAAGCAACAAAUGAAAAGAGAAAGCUUUCGAGUUCGUUUAAUGAAAACCGCAGUCGCUUCAAGAAACCUAAAUUUCAAGAUAUGAAUGAAACGGUUAAGAUGAUUAAUAGUAGUAGCUCGGACGAGUACUUAUCAAGUACAAGUAUUCACGAUGAUUCUGUAACAGAAAUCACGAGUCCCGUUGAAGACAUAACAGAACAUUAUGAUGAAAAUGAAAAAAUAUCUCCAAACAAUAAGAAAUCCAAACGUAUUCAGCCAGUCUUGGUUGUCAAGGACAAAGUGGCAAUCCCAGAUCCUUCGGAUGACGUUUUUGAUAAUUUUGUAAAAGCAUGUGUCAAUCAUGACAAAGCUGACGAAGAAACAAAGGAAAUCCUUGAAAAAUUGCGAAAAAAAUACAAGAAACUUGACUCUUUUGACAAAAACCAUGAAGAAUUUAGAUUUUUUCUCAGUAAAUGCUUGAACGAAAUCAGUCGUAAAAGAAUUAAGCUGUACGAGAGUAUUACUAAAGUUAAAAAGGAAAUCAGUAAACGUCUAAACACACCCAAAACAAAGGAACCUACAGAAGAAAAAGACAGUGCAUCAGAUGAAGAACCAACGUUCACUGAAGAAGAGUUGAACAAAAUUAGGCAGCUGGAAGAAACUAUAAAAAAAUGCAUUGAAAGGAUAAAAGAACUGGAAUCCGAAGAAGUAAUUUUAGACGAUGAUGAGGAUUCUGCAUACAUGAAAGAAGAUAGAUAUAAAAGAAAAUUAGUUCAGUUAUACGUUGCUCUGAGUGAUAUUGCAAAAGAUAAAAAAUUAAAAUCAGAACUUAGAAAGAAAAAAGUUUCAGUGAAGGAUAUCCAAAAUGAGAUGAUAGAUAUUAAUGUCAUAAAUCAGUCAAUUGUUGAUUAUAUCAACUCUAGCAUUAAACGUAUGAACAAAUUAAAACAUGUUAGGAAUUGCAACACUACACCAGAUUAUAUUGUGGCACCGGAUUAUCACGAUUUAUUGAAAAUUGUAAAAAAAGAUAAUGAAACACAUAAGCUUCACCUCAGUGAAAAAGGAAUACAGCAGUAUGCUACUAACGCUUUGAAAGCCGUAACAAAGUAUUUGAAAAAAUGUCGGAUACAGGAAUCUGAUAAAUUUUUAUCAUUUUUCAUUAACAAGGAUGCAAGCCACAAUGUUGACCCUGCAGUGAAUGAUCAUGCUCUACAAAAAACUCUGCAGCAAAAUAAAGUAAUGGGUGAAAAGCUCUUAAAUGAAGUUUUUAAAAAAUACGAAGACAUGCAAGAUAAAUUGACUCCCGAAGAGUUGGAGAAACAAAUGUGUGAUGAUCCACUUAGUUAAUCUCAGUUGUAGCAAGGCACUGGAGAGCAGUCAAAAAGUAGUACAGUUGAAUUAAUCAUCAGCAGCACUAUGAUAUCUGGCAAUUGAGAUAAUUGAGCUGGAUGUAUAAUUUUUAAGAGACAGUCUGAUUGUUGUUCAACAUUGUGGCUCACAUGCUCCACAAAUAGAGUAAAGCUUCCUUGCGUCUCCAAUGCAUUGGAAGCGAUCCUACCUAGAAAGGCAAUAAUAAAUUAGAGAAAAGUAUAUUUAUUUUUUAUUAAUUAAUCGGUAUGAAACGUGUGGUAGGGUAAACUUGAUAGAAAAAAUUGUAUUUACACUGUAAAAAAAGCCUCAGAGCUACUUGUUUCGAGUAAAAAUUUUAGUCAUAAGUUAAUCAUUUUAGAUGAUAAACAGUUGAUUACAUUUUAAAUUAAAUAGUAUAGUUAAUUGCAGUCGAAUUUAACAGUGACCGAUUAACUACAUAUUUCAAAAAAUUUUUAUUUAGCGAUGUAAAUAGUUGGAAAACAAAAACGUUGUCGCUAUAUAGCUUCAUAUAAGUGCAUAUUGUUUGAUUUCUUAGAAAUUUUCUCCUUUGGGGACAAUUUAAUUAACUUGUGUUGUUAUUCCAUUGAAGAAUGAUAAAAACCAUCGGUGUAUUUCUUUUAAUAUUGACGUUCUGUACUGUCUUUUUGGCAAGUCACCCAAAUGAAUUAUAUUGUAGUCUCAUGAUACUAUUGCAACAUGUGAAUAGCCACGCU